AUGGGGUCAUGUGCUUGGAGAGAUGGGUUCCUUCGGUGCUCGUGCAACUCUGGAUCGAGCCUCACCUCUGAUCCGGAUGUGAACCAGGCAUCGUGUGUCUGCGGGCAUCCAAUGCUUCUGCACCGGAACGCUUCAGCCACACAGAACAUUACUCUGCCAGCUUUCCCUGAAUCUAAAGUUGUCUCUCCUCUUGAACUACCACCUUUUACGAUCGCACGAGAAAUACUGGUGGAUGAACUGAUCGCUCGAGUUAACCAUUACCGUAUAAUUCGGGUGAACGGUACCCCAGCAUCGGGGAAAACUACUUUGAUGCGUCUUGUAGCAAAUGAACUGCUCAGGAUAUAUGGUGAGGAGAAGCCUAUUUACUGCCUUUCAGGAUGGCGACAAAGUAUCUAUGAUAUAGGCUGGGCCGCGCAUUUGGAGAAGAACACCGGCGUACACGGCCGCAGCUGGCUCAACUACUCAGCUUAUUUACUUCUAGAUGAAGCUCAGUUGUUAUACUGGGAUGAUAACCUCUGGUCAGAGUUCUUCAAAAGUGUCGAGCCGCCUGGUACUGGCCCCUUCAUAAUUCUAUUUAUGUCUUAUGGCUCACCGCACAGGGGCUUUGUGGGUUUUGGCGGGAAAGAGCAUGCGGAAACUCCGAUAAACUUUGCCCCCGAACAGCAAAUUUCCUUACAUCCAGAAGGAAGCAUUGGACCUCAUAGUCUGAGCCCACCACGUUGGAGGCCUGUUGGUCUACUGCUUAACGAGGAUGAGGCAGUAGACGUGGUAGGCCGUUUCGCAUCCGCUGCCUUAAGCUCAAAUAUGACAGGGACUCUGACACACGAACUGAAACAAGGACUCUUUGCGUGCAGUAAUGGACAUGUAGGGUUGCUAACGAACCUCACGCGUAUUCUGCAGGACACACCAAAUUUUUAUGAGCUCAUACGGACCGGCUCCGCUGUCAGUUGGACAACAGCAAAAGAAAUUCUUUUCCGUCAACCCCUGGCCUUUUUCAAUUCCCUCAAAGUUUCUCCGUUUGGUCGUGGCUUACCUCCAGACGCAAUAUUGCAAGAACCUAGUGCGGCUACGGUACUCAAGGUAGCUAUCGCCUCUGAUGGAAUAUACCAAUCUCAGUUCAGAACCAAGAACGAAGAAGCGAAACAAGCUCUCAAAUGGAUCUGGCAAAAUGGGUGGCUGCAUGCCGAGAAGUCAGAUAAUGAUAUACGCUACGUUUUUGCAAGUCAGAUCCACAGGUGGUACUGCCACACCCUUCUCACAAUGCGUGUCCCCGACAACAACCUCAGCUAUACUACACCUAUCCAACUAGCGGUUCAUACUAUCACUAAGUUCCAACCAAGUCAGCUGGCCAAGGCCCCACGUUCCAGGGCAGUCGAGGGUAAUGUAUUGCCUCUUGAGGACCAAUAUCAGAAGGAGUUUUACCGUUGCCUUUUCCCUAUAUUGGACGGCCACUUUGUAAUGUCACCCGAAUUUGUGGUCAAAGCAGGGUCAAAGGGUGGCACCAUUGACUUCCUUAUUGCUGGGAAGAAAUGGGGGUUAGAGCUGCUUCGAGAACGUGAUCGGCUCGUGGAACAUAUGAGAAGGUUUGACAAAGGUGGCCAAUACUACAGCAUGUUGGAAUCCGGGGAAAUGGAACAAUACAUUGUUCUAGACUUUACAAAUACGGCACCGAAAAAGUCUCAUCCAGAAUAUAAAAAGAAACUUUACCAUGUCGUUUUCACCGACAACGACCGACAAGUUGAUGUAAUUGAUGGCUCGGAUCUAAGCGUUGCCCACUCUUUCAUGUUGCUGGAGCAUUCAAGUUCAAAUGUUUAG